AUGCCCGUCACAACCGCAAGCGACGAGGUUCAAACAUGGUUCAGCCGCGGACUUGUCUGGUGCUACGCCUUCAACCACGAAGAAGCCGUCAGAUGCUUCGAACGCGCCGCCGCCCAGGACCCGGCCUGUGCCAUGGCUUAUUGGGGGAUGGCCUACGCCCUCGGCCCCAAUUACAACAAGCCGUGGGGCAUCUUUGACGACGGCGAGCUAGAGCGCAACACCCAACAAGCGAGGCGGGCCCUGGUGCAAGCUCUUGGAAGAGCAUCUGCAGCAACACCAGUCGAGCGCGCCCUCAUCCAUGCCCUGCAGCAUCGCCAUCCGGAAGAGCGCGUCACCGCCGCCCAGGGGUACACGCUCAAUCAUGCAUACGCAGCCGCUAUGGAACAAGUCUAUUUAAAACAUUCAGAUGACCCGAAUGUUACGGCCAUUUACGUCGACGCCUUGAUGAACUUGAAUCCGUGGCAGCUCUGGGACGUGCGGACUGGGGAACCAGUCAAGGGGGCGCGCACCUUGGAUGCUCGAGCCGCCCUGGAAAGGGGGUUGGCCAAGCAUCCAGACCAUCCUGGCAUGCUCCAUCUGUACAUCCACCUGAUGGAGAUGUCCAGCCACCCCGAAGUGGCACUGAAAGCCGCUGACAGCCUGCGGGGCCUGGUCCCCGACGCGGGCCAUCUCAACCACAUGCCCACGCACAUCGACAUCCUCGUUGGAGACUACCGGCGGGCCGUCUCGUCCAACACCGAGGCUAUCAAGGCCGACACCAAGUUCGUCAGCAGAGACGGCGCCAUCAACUUCUACAGCCUCUACCGCUGCCACAACUACCACUUCCGCAUCUACGCCGCCAUGUUUGCCGGGCAAUCUGCCGUGGCCCUCGAGACGGCCUCACUUCUCGAGCAGACGCUGCCAGAGGCUCUCCUCCGCAUCCAAUCCCCCCCGAUGGCAGAUUGGCUCGAGGGGUUUCUAUCCAUGCGAAUUCACAUCUUGAUCCGCUUUGGCCGCUGGCAAGACAUCAUCGAUCUCACCUUCCCCCGCGACAGGGACCUCUACUGCACGACAACGGCCAUGAUUUACUAUGCUAAAGGCGUUGCCCUGGCCAACACGGGACGAACCCCUGAGGCUGACCGCACCAAGCUGCUUUUCCAGGAGGCCGUCAAGCGAGUCCCUUCUUCCCGAACAAUCUUCAACAACAGCUGCCGUGACAUCCUCGCCAUCGCCGCGGCCAUGCUAGACGGCGAGCUGGAAUACCGUCGGGGCAACAUCGACCUCGGCCUCGACCAUCUCGCGCGGGCCAUCGACCUCGACGAUUCGCUCCCCUACGACGAGCCAUGGGGCUGGAUGCAGCCCACCCGGCACGCGUACGGUGCCCUUCUCAUGGAGCUCGGCCGCCUCGAGGAAGCCCUGGCCGUCUACACGGCCGACCUGGGGUUCGAUAGCACGCUGCCCCGGGCGCAGCAGCACCGGAACAACGUGUGGGCGCUGCAUGGGCUGCACGAGUGUCUGACGCGCCUGGGCCGCGAGAGGGAGGCUCGUGUCGUCCGGCCGCAGCUCCAGCUUGCUUUGGCCAUCGCCGACGUUCCCGUCAAGUCGUCGUGCUUUUGCCGGCGCAAUAAUGGGCGCCUGUGA